UGAAGUGCGGGAGGAGGAGAAAAGUGGACUUGUACCUCGGGCUCGCAGGCUGUCCCACCCCAGCUGAAGGCAUUGAUGUGACCGGAGAGGCUCUCAGCUUUUUACUCGCACUUCUUCCCCCCCCCACGUCUUUCACCCUCACACGCGGAGCACGAAUCCACCUUCUCACCUUUAGUUUAGCGCGUUUCCUUUUCUCUCGCUCCCUUUUAGUCCACCCCCCCCCUCCUCGCUCGACUUUUUGUGUUUUUUUUUUUUUUUUUUUUUUUUAUUGAGGGGAGGGCAACUUUAAUUCAUCUCUGAACCACGAAUUAAAGCUAUUCAUAAGAAGAAAACCGUCUUCACCGCUUCACCGCACGCCACUUGGAGUUGAACGACCUUCACCGGACUUGUUACUGCAGCCGCAACCCACUUUGGGCCACUCUCACCCGGCUCCGCGGCAGCAUCCUCAACAUGAGCCUCAAGACGGACACGGAGACUAACAAUAAUGUCUCCAUGGAGGAGGAGGUCCGAACACUGUUUGUCAGCGGCCUACCAGUUGAUAUCAAACCACGGGAACUGUAUCUUCUUUUCAGGCCUUUUAAGGGUUAUGAGGGGUCACUGAUUAAGUUAACAUCAAAACAGCCUGUUGGGUUUGUAACAUUUGACAGCCGAUCUGGAGCUGAAGCUGCAAAAAAUGCUCUAAAUGGUAUCCGUUUUGACCCUGAAAGCCCUCAGACCCUGCGCUUAGAGUUUGCUAAAGCCAACACCAAGAUGGCAAAGAGUAAGCUGAUGGCCACACCGAACCCCACAAAUAUCCACCCUGCUCUAGGAGCACACUUCAUUGCACGGGACCCAUAUGAUCUGACAGGGGCAGCGCUGAUCCCAGCCUCCCCGGAUGCGUGGACCCCUUAUCCACUGUACACAACAGAACUGACCCCUGGCCUCCCACACGCAGCCUUCACUUAUCCGGCGGCUGCCGCAGCGGCUGCAGCCCUCCACGCCCAGAUGCGCUGGUACCCUACACCUUCUGAGACUUCUCAGCCUGGAUGGAAGUCCCGGCAGUUUUGUUAGAUAUUUAGCGCCUGGAAAUCACACCUUUCUCCGGCUGAAGUGAGGUUGGCCCAGCUCCUUAAUUUAAUCAGGUUUAUUUAAUGGACAAAUGUGCAUUAGAAACAGUAUUUAUAUCUGUGCCAAUUGUCUCUGGGGGAGUCAGGGUUAUAAACUAUCUUACUGUUGACAGUCUCAAUGUGCCAUAUUUUGGGGCACAUUAUAGCACUUGCUAGAACCUUUAACAAGCUAGUCAGAGCUUCAUGGAUGAUCAUUGAGGAAAAUUAACACCUUGAAGUUGUAUAGAUGGUCCCUCUGUGGCAGACUGCUGGCUUUAGGAGUUUUAGAAGUGUGAAGUCAUUGCAUGUUUUUUUUUUUUUUUUUUUGGCAUGAAUUUAGAACGUAGUUGUGUAUUCUAAUUUUUAGUUUGUCUCGUUACCUUGAUUGGGGUAGCAAAACAUUUUUCCGGUAGCUCCUCAGCCAUACACGUCCAAGGUCGACUGUUCUUCAAUGGCUUAGCUCGUAUGGACCUCGUGAAGGCAUCCCCAUGUUCUGACAAUCCCUAGUUUCAUAUUGGUGUCAUUAUUUGAGAAUAAAGUUUUUUUUUUUUUUUUGUACAUUUUGUGUAAUGUGUAUUUAUGCAUUUGUGCAACUAAAUGAUGUAAAAGUUGAAUGUUUAGUUAUCUGUGUUUUGGUGUUUUUGUUCCUAUAAUCCUGUUAAGAUAGUUUUAGAGGAAAAGUGCAAUUUGUUUCGAUGAAGAGAGGUGUGAUAAAGUUCUGAAAGUGUGCCACUCUGCUAAAAUGAGAUUGCUGUGAAACUGGAUUACAAGAUUUGUGGGGGGGCAUUUUGAAAUGGAAGCAGGAUUGUCUGGGAGGAAUUUAGGUUGGUUUAAGAAACAUUUCUCUGUAUCUGCUGUGCAUAAGAUGUAAGCAAAUACUCUUAUGAAUAAAAAGUGAGUGAAUUUC